GAUCAAAACUUCUUCAGAUGGAGAGAUUCCCAGCAAACCCCACUUCCGCCAAUCACUUCCUGACAAACCCUAUAAUCUGUGCGGACCCGCCUCCCCCAAUCUCCAUUUAUUCCCCUCUUCACCACCCUAUACAACACCAAGCCACCCAAACUCUCAAUAACGACUUCCUUUUUCAAAAGAAAAGAGAAAAAAAAUAUGGAGGAUUCGUCGGAGGACUGGCGCCGCACCAGCGCCGGACACCGCCGCAUAAUCUUCGGGAAAUACGAGAUGGGGAGGAUGUUGGGACAAGGAACGUUUGCAAAGGUAUACUACGCCAGGGAUUCCGUCACGGCGGAGAGUGUCGCCGUUAAAGUCAUCAAGACGGAGCAGGUAAGAAAAGAAGGUUUCAUGGAGCAAAUCACCCGUGAAAUCGCCGUGAUGCGGCUCGUCCGGCACCCUAACGUCGUUCAAUUGAAGGAAGUCAUGGCUACCAAAACCAAGAUCUUUCUGGUAAUGGAGUACGUCAAAGGCGGCGAAUUAUUUGCCAAAAUUGAAAAGGGACGAUUGAAAGAAGAUUUAGCAAGAAAAUAUUUUCAGCAAUUAGUCAGCGCCAUCGACUACUGCCAUAGCCGCGGUGUCUCCCACCGUGACCUGAAGCCGGAAAAUCUCCUACUCGACGAGAAUGAAAAUCUUAAAGUUUCCGAUUUCGGGUUGUCUGCAUUGCCGGAGCAGCUUAGAAACGACGGAAUGCUUCACACACAGUGCGGUACCCCCGCUUACGUUGCGCCGGAAGUUCUUCGCAGAAAAGGUUACGACGGCGCUAAGGCGGAUAUCUGGUCGUGUGGGGUAAUUUUAUACGUUCUUCUCGCCGGAUGUCUUCCAUUUCGAGAAGCUAACAUCAUGCAUAUGUACAAAAAGAUAUUCAAAGCAGAGUAUGAAUUUCCACCGUGGUUCUCAGCCGGUUCACGGCAGUUGAUUUCGAAACUACUGGUGGUCGACCCAUCGCAGCGAGUCACAGUUCCGGAGAUCAUGCAUGUUCCAUGGUUCUCGAAAGUAUCCAGAACCAAUCAUAGUUCCCAUGAUAAACUAGCAAGUCUUAUUAUUGCUCCGAUUCCUAUUGAUGAACCAGAGAAGGAUGAAAUGACAGGUGAAUCGGAAAAGUCCAUGAAAAGGUCAAAGUCAAACUCAUCGCCGCGAUUCUACAAUGCUUUCGAGUUCAUCUCCUCCAUGUCCUCCGGUUUCGACUUAUCCGGCAUGUUUGAGACUCAUCGGAAAUCGGCGUCGUUAUUUACAUCAAAAUUCCGUGCUUCGACAGUCAUGGACAAGCUUGAAUCAGUAGCUAAGAAAUUGAAUUUCAAGAUUUCGUUUUCGAAACAGAACGAGUACAAGUUGAAGAUGCAGGGGAUAUCGGAGGGACGAAAAGGGAAGCUGGCUGUGACGGUGGAAGUUUUUGAGGUGGCGCCGGAGGUGGCGGUGGUGGAAUUUUCGAAGGAAUCCGGGGACACACUUGAGUACAAAAAGUUCGAAGAGGACGUUAGACCAGGCCUACAAGACAUUGUAUGGAGCUGGCAAGGUGAGGAUAGUAACGGUUAACUACCAAACAAGAAAAAUAUUUAGAAAGUCAUAGUAGGGUUACACUUCAAAGUAUAACACUAUGUACUACUAAAUUUGUAUAAAUGCUUUGACUUUGAUAGAUCCGUGUUUUUUAAUUUAACUUAUAUAAGAAUGUUAAAUUCGAAUAUUUAUUUAUUAGAAGUAUCAAGUCCAUAUAAAUAAUACUUUAUUUAUUUAUUUUGUA